GGCAGAACAGAGAGAGAGAGAGAGAGAGAAGGGAAGGGAAGGGAGGAGGAGCUGCUCGUGUAGAAACAGGGGAGGAGGAAAUUCGAUCGGGUCGGGGGCCGGCCAUGUCUGGGGCGGAUCGGGGAUGAGGAGGAGGAGGAGGCGCAGGGAGGAAUCUAAUCGGAGGAGUAAGAUCGCGGAGGGAGGGAGAGGACUGAGUGCAGGAGGAAAGGACGAGGAGGAAAGGAGAUCUGUGGGACAUGAGAGGAGACGGAAGUUGUGUUUUCUUCUUGUCAGGCACGCGGGAGAUCGAAGGCCGGCAGGGGUGGACUUUUGCUGUGGAAAUUGCCGACGGUCGAUUGUUGUUGGGCCGGAGCGCGAGGUUGUUGGAGGGCAGGGUGGUUGAAUUUGGCCGGAGUUCGUUGAAGAGGAGGAGGAGGAGGAGGAGCAGAGCAGAAGAACGAAGCUGUAAAUAUGCACAAGAGAUCUCGAAGCUCGCAGCAGAUGAUGGGAAUGGAGGAAGGCUCCCCAUUCCUGAGCACCAGCAGCAGCUCAGAGUGGGAUCAUAGCACGUCUCCGAGUAGCUCUGUCUCGGACACUUUUAACAUGGCUCUGCUUAUCAUGCUAUAUGCAAUGCAGGGUGUGCCGUUGGGCUUGUCUCUUGGGAGCAUACCUUUUAUAUUGAAAUCUCAAGCAAGCUAUACCGAGGUCGGAAUUUUUUCACUGGCUGGAUACCCAUACUCCUUGAAGCUUCUGUGGAGUCCUAUAGUCGACACAGUCUUUUCAGCAAGGCUGGGAUGGCGUAAGUCCUGGGUUCUCCCUAUGCAGAUGGCUUCUGGACUUCUCAUGAUUUUAUCGGCUGAAACCGCGGAUCAUUGGUUGGAGACAGCAAAUAUUCGAUCCAUCACCUUCCUCUUCUUCAUUUUUGUUCUCCUGGCAGCAACACAGGACAUAGCAGUGGAUGGCUGGGCAUUGACGCUGCUGUCACGAAAAAAUAUCGGUCACGCUUCAACCUGUCAGACUAUAGGAAUAAAUAGUGGAUACUUCAUGUCAUUCACAAUAUUUUUGGCUUUAAAUGAUGCGGGCUUUUGCAACAACUAUCUUCGAAAAUCCCCCAACCCAAAAGGAUUUCUCUCACUUUCAAAUUACUUCUACUUCUGGGGAUGGUUCUAUGUUGUGACAACUGUCCUACUAUUGUAUAAAUCGGAGAAACCUUUUCACAACACGCAUAUCAGUAAUUCUAAUCACGGAUCUGACACACAAAUCAACAACUUGGAACCACGAUACGACGACACGUACAAGCCAGUAGACGGAAUUGAAAAUGGGGCAUUUCAAGGCCAAGGAAUAUUUGAAGAUAACGGGAUUCGUAUAUCUAGUUUUGAGGAGAAAAAAACGGGAGUUACCGAAAGGAGGAAGGACGGAUUCAAAUUGACCUUUGGACACGGUAGUUUAGAUGAUAGAGUCGCUGGGACCAUCAGACAGAUGGGUGUGAAACGAAUGUAUCGAAGACUUUGGGCAGUUGUUACUCUACCCAAUAUACGUACGCUCACAACCAUAUUACUAAUAUGUAAGCUGGGUAGCGUAACGGCGGAGACUGUUGGGGUGUUCAAGCUCAUGGAGAAGGGCGUGACUCGAGAAAUGGUAUCGCUUGUAGUUCUUAUUGAGUUUCCUCUGGAGCUUCUGUUUGCGGUGUUUGCUGGAAGAUGGGCAAGUAGAGGGCGGCCAUUUUCACCCUGGUUGAUGGGCUACUACAUGCGUUUGGGUAUGGCAGCUGUGUCCACAUGCUUGGUGGCCUUCUUUCCAGUCGGUGCAACCAUGACUUCUGCACCAUUUUUCUACUUCAUGAUCAUUUUCUCGGGAAUUCUCACGUCUUUCGCAUCAACCAUCAUGUUUGUUUCUCAGGGGACUUUCUUCGCUCGGAUCAGUGACUCUUCCAUGGGAGGCACGUACCUUACUCUGCUCAAUACGAUUGCGAACCUUGGAUCAGCAUGGCCUAGAUUUUUCGUUUUCAUUCUGCUCGAUUGGUUAACUGUACAGAAAUGUGUCGGAGCUAGCACUGAGGAUGGAGGAUUAUCCCUAACUUGUCCUAGCAAGAAAGGUUCUGCCAAUCCAUGUACAGACGCUGGGGGUCAGUGUAACGUAGUAUUAGAUGGGUUCUAUCCACUGUCAUUCUCGAUGGUGCUUCUUGGUACCUACAUCGGUUAUCGAUGUAGUAAAAGGCUGCGUGACCUUGAGACGGCGAAAGACGAUGCAUGGCGGGCAUGAAGUGAUGACAACCAUAGCAGAAUACCUCAGAUCAGACUGUGACCUACGUGAGUCACAUAGAUUCACUCCAAGCGUCUUUACAAUUCCCAUGAGAAACCCUUGCGAAUUUACAAGGUUGGGAUACCAUAGAAACGUUCUUUGCUCGAAUCUGUGAAGUCCUAGAUAACAGCAUGCAGAUUCCUGAAGCGUUUACGGAAGAACAUUAAAUAUUGGAUCUUCUUGCUGCGUAGCACUAGAAGACCCUGACCAGCUCAGGACUGCCACUCAGGUCGUAGUCAUGUGGUGCGAGGGAGGGGGGCUUCUGCCGAUUUCUGGACUGUCGUCGAUCUUACUCGGAGAAAGCUAUGUUAGACAGGCAGAAGCUGGGCACGAAAGGUGAGAUCCGCCUUCCGGACGACUUAGGUUCCUCACGCGUUCCAUAUGUCAUCACGUCCAAACGGAGAUUCUGAUUGUUCUUAGCCUGGACUUCAGGCUGGGCGAGUGGCUCGGGGUAAGUCUAAGAUAAAUUGGGACAAUUCAAGAUUUCGGGCUCUGAGUCGAGGCCGAAAUCGAGUGUACUCAGGCAAGCUCUCUGCGAGCAACGUGUCGACUCAACAUCUAACAAAGUGAUCACUAGGGAACCAAAUAGCUCCAUUCACUUGUCUACCGAGACUGCAGCUGCUUGUACGGCCUGUAAUGAGACAAUUGAAUGUUUUACAAGCUCUCACAUUUCACGUUCAGUUGACAUCGAGUCUAGCGCUGAAUG